AUGUGGCACGUGUAUACGCGUCGUGGUCGAAUUCGGUGGCUUGCUGUUGGUUUUAGUUUUAUCCUUCUCGUUUGGUGUUAUAUUUUAUAUAAAAGUUUAUUUAUUACUUAUGAACGAGAUAUUUCCCAUUCUCACCCGACUUUAUCAACAUCUGGAUCAUUAUCUCGAAAUGAAAUUGAUAAUCUUAAUGUAUUUUUAAAACGUACACCGGUUAAAUAUAACUAUCAUAUUUUUUAUUAUGCAUGGUAUGGAAAUCCAGAUUUUGAUUCUAAUCGAUAUUAUCAUUGGAAUCAUCCUCGAUUAGCUCAUUGGAAUCGUGAAAAAGCUUCACAUUAUCCACAACAUUCACAUACACCACCCGAUGAUAUUGGUAGUAAUUUUUAUCCAUUACUUGGUGCUUAUAGUUCUCGUUCACCCAAUAUUAUGGAUCAACAUAUGCGAAUGAUUCGUAUGAGUGGUGCUGGUACUUUAUCAGUAAGUUGGUAUCCACCUGGAAUGGCUGAUGAUCAAGGAUCUCCAUGGGAUGAUCUUAUGCCACAACUACUCGAUGCAGCUGAAAAAUAUAAAUUAAAAGUUUGUUUUCAUAUUGAACCCUAUAAAAAUCGUACAGCUGAUAAUGUUAUUUAUUGGUCACAGUAUAUUCUUCGUCGAUAUGGAUCGCAUUCAGCAUUUUAUCGUUAUAAAGAAAAAGGAUUCUUUUAUAUUUAUGAUUCAUACCAAAUCUCAUCAAGUGAAUGGCGUGAAAAACUUCGAUCUAAUCAAGAAAAAGCUUAUUUUGUUGGUCUAAUUCUAAAAUCUAUUAAUUGUAAACAAUUAGCAUCAUCUGGUUUUGAUGCUGCUUAUUCAUAUUUUGCUGCAAAUGGUUUUACUGAAGCAUCAACAUCUCAACGUUGGACAUCAAUUGCUGAUGAAUGUAAACCAAUACCAUUUAUACCAAGUGUUGGACCAGGUUAUAUCGAUACAAAUAUUCGACCAUGGAACGGCGAAACAACACGAUCAAGAAAUAAUGGAAAUUAUUAUAGACAAAUGUUUAAAGACUUACCAAAUGAUAAUGAUCAAAUAGUAUCAAUAACAUCAUUUAAUGAAUGGCACGAAGGUACACAAAUUGAACCAGCUAUAGAAAAAGCUAGUUCAAAUAUGAAUACUUAUGAAAGUUAUUAUCAAGGUCCUUAUACAUAUAUUCAUCUUACACGUGAACUUAUCUUUUCUAAUUAA